UUUUCUUCACCUUUCUCGUUCAGCUUUGAUGCAAUAACAAUGUUUGAAGAAGAAGAGUUAUUUCCUGAACGCAAUGAAUUUAACUUUGAGUCAAGGCUAAUCAGAAAUGACAGUAAAAAUAUUUAUAACCGUCUUCGAUCGAUCAAGGACGAUGCUGAAUUUGUUAUGAAAGUUGCAGAUCUUUACUCCAAUUUGGCUUUAAUCGCCAACGAACGUUGUGGCUCUUGGUAUAUUGAUCGCACGAAAAAAAAAGCUUAUUCUGCCUACUUUAAGUCAACCGAUGGUCAUAUGCACAUAUGGGAUUUCAGUAUUCGCCGUAAUAAUCUCCAUUUGAUACCUGUUUUAAUGGAACAUAGCGGUGGUAUAAUUGUUGAUUCUACGCGAAAAGGAAAACGCAUACCUGAUGCUUUAUCCAAAACGAUCCCUAUUUGGUGCUGCACACUUAACCGUGCUGUUGCCAAAUAUAGAGGCUACCAUCAUUCUGAUGCAUUGAACGAUUCAAAUGGCUGGGAUACAACCUUUCAUUCGCUACCUUCAAUAAUAUCCAGGUCUGAGCAUGCGCAAAUUGAAGCAAGGAUAGAUGGCUUUGUUGAUAAAUUACUAUCGUCUGGCAUUGAUAUUCAUAAGUUAUCGCGAGAGCUAAAAAAACCUCUGCGGCCCAUAUGGUACACACCUCAAUCAUAUGAUGCUUUAAUGGAAUCUCCUCCUGAUUUUGACGACGAACAUAUCUCUUUCUGCCCUGUAGUAUGCUUAAGUGCAUCAGAAGCAGUGGAGACAGGUUACGAGAGAAGAAAUGGUUAUUUGUAUGUGCAAGGCUCUGGCGAUGAUCAAGAAUCGUGGGCAAUGGGUUUAACCGCUAUGAUUUUCUGGAAACACCACGAUGAAAUAUUGGCAAGCGCUGCAAAGUGUGAGGAUAACGUUCGACGAAUUGUGUCCUUAAGCAAAUCUAAAAGCGCUUUUGAAGACAUUGGAGAGAAGAACUUUGCCUUCAUCGGUACGACAGGUUUAGCUAUUGGUAAUUUUAUAAGUGGCAAACCGUCCGAUUGUUGGUUGGCAUUUGAUUAUGUCAUAAACUGUAGUGAAGAGAAAUAUGAAUGCAUGGAUGAGAGCAAAAAGGAUUGUUUUUUACAUCUGCGUAUACCAGAAGGAAAAAAAGGGCAAAUAAUCUUUGCGCAAAGUAUACAGAAGGCCAUUGAUUUCGUGUAUAAACCAAUAGUCGAGGGAAAGAAAGUGUUGAUACACGGCCAAAAAGGUAUACAUACUUUUUCUUUAGCGCCAAAAAGAUAGAAAAAGAAAAAAGCGAUACCUAAUUACAGCUUUCCACGCUGUAGGCAAAGAUUAUUCAGUCGGUAUAUUACUCUCAAUCAUUUUACAUUACUAUGAUAUUCAGGGCCAAUUGAGUCUUGAUAGAAAGCCACACGUUGAUAAGAAGACUGUCCAGCAUCAGCUAGUGCAGAUUAUCUCCUUUUGGGAAAAGGCCUCUCCAUCUAGAACAACUCUCAAGCGUAUCAAUACUCAUUUUAUGAGCCCUUCAGUUGGGAAGUAAAUGAUUCUCUUAUAACACCAGCUCGAGAUAAAAUUGCAAUGGGUUCUCGGGAUGUAUGUUUUUACAAACCUUACCUUAUAGUUCUACGGCUUUUUAUUACAACUAUGGCCUUUUUUUUUUUUUUUUUUUUUUUU